AUCGAACCGGAAGUGACGUGCUGUCGCGCUGGUGAGGUUUUGUUUACUGACUGGCGGGGAAACCCGGAGCAGCUCCUCGGAUUGAUGGUGAACAACAUCGGCUAUAACUCAUGUCCGUGCCGCCGGAGAGCAGACGGAGGUGCCGAAGCGAAGGAAGUGCAGUUGAUCACCCAUGCAUGUUGGCCACUGAGGCAAGAGCAUGACUUGCAACAAUGAGAAGCUUGAUCUGGAUGCUGAGCCACGAGCGGGGCAAGAUGACAGCGACUUCGCCAACUCCAGUCUUGUCAUCCCCAUGGAUGAAGAUGAAAACUUGACGGAGCCACCUCAAGUGAGAGCAGUGAAGAGGAGGCGCAGGCAGCAGUGUGAGGAGGAGGAAGAGCUGGGGAGUGAAGCCGCAGGAGUGAUUGACAUGGAGCUGGACCAGUCACUGGAGGCCAAGUCCAGGCAGCUCCACCUGAGCAGCGUCAACGUGCGCAACAUCAUCCACGAGGUAAUAACCAACGAGCAUGUGGUCGCCAUGAUGAAGGCGGCCAUCAAUGAGACAGAAGCCACGCCCCCAUUUGAACCAAAAAUGACCAGGUCAAAGUUCAAAGAGGUUGUCGAGAGUGGAGUGGUGAUUCCUGCCUGGAACCUCUCUCCAAUAAAGAAGAGUGAUGACACCAUCAAGCAACCUCAGUUCAUUGACAUCGCGCUGCCUGACGAAGACUCAUCCGAUGAUGAAGAGUAUCGGCCAGAUGAAGACGAAGAUGACGAGACGGCUGAAGACACGCUGCUGGAGAGUGAUAUGGAGAGCACAGCGUCGUCACCACGAGGACGGAACUUUCUCCGAGGGGAAGAAGACAGCUGCAGUCCAUGGCAGUCCUCAAGAUCGCGGCGGCGUCUGGCACCGGUCUCCAUGGGCCCACCUCCACCUCCCAAAGCCCUGCCCCCAAAGCCCAUGACUGACAGCCUGUUCCUGGAGAAGCUCCAUGCAGUUGAAGAGGAGUUGGCAGUGUGUUCUGACCCGUAUCAGCCCCUCACUGAGUCCCACAGUGAUGUGGGGCUGAUGGCUUACCGCACCAGAUCCAAGCGCCCGCUGCGUAACGUUCCUCUCGACCAGCUGGAGGCGGAGCUGCAGGCUCCCGACAUCACUCCCGACAUGUAUGACUCAAACCACGCCCACGAGGACAGGGAGUGGACCGACUGGCUGAGAGGCCUGAUGCGCUCCCACGUGGAUAAUGAAGACGAGUGUGAUGACGACGACGACCCAGAGUACAACUUCUUGUCAGACAUCGAUGAACCCGACCUGGAGGACUACCGGGAUGACAAGGCCGUCCGCAUCACCAAGAAGGAACUCAAUGAACUAAUGGAGGAGCUGUUUGAAACGUUGAAGGAGGACAUAUCUGGACAGGAAGUGGACGAAGAAGAAGUGCACACUGACGAGAACGCACAUACCUCAGAAGAGCAUCUAGUAGUGACUCAGUGUGAUGAGGAGGAACCGAUCGCCGAGGUCCGUACGGUGAAGCAGCAGCUGGCGUUGAUGCGUAAGAGACAAGAGAGAAACACGCUGAGCCCGCCUGUCUCACAGGAGCCGCACACACUCUCCCUGCUCACGAGCCAGAUAAACACGCUGCAGCAGCAUCUGCAACAGCAUGUGCAGUUGUUGACUCAAGUUCACCUGCUGACAUCAUCGGUUAGUCAACUUCAGAGUGAAGCUCAGACCACCAGGCAGUUCCUGCUGGAGUUAGAUAUGCUGGCUCGCAGGAGUGAAGCCUUGGGCUUACCAAGUGUGUUCCGAUCCGCCAACCUCCAGGGGGCGCUGCAGCUUCUGGAAGAACUUGAGACUGAGCCUCUUCCACUUCACAGUCGCAAACACCCGUGUGAUGCUCGCGGACAUAAGAGAUGUUUUCCAACUCUGCCUGCUCAGCUGGCCUGGAUCUUUGCCACCCGUCCAGUGUUCAUGUACCCAGAGAUGCUUCCCCGAGUCAGCCUCGACCCGGAACUCUACUGCCCCCGCAGGACCAACGCCUUCACUGCAUCUGAGGACUGUCUGCUUGUUCUAGGGCUAAGACACAUGGACGGGUCUUCAGAUCCUGUUCAAUUCGUGUCCCAGUUCUUGCUGUGCAAGUCUGCGGCUCAGAUCAGACGACGGCUGCUGCAGUGUUGCCGUCCAGGUUCCCACGACAACAUUGUGAAGCUAUUCAAGUGCCAGCGGGUUGUGGGUGCGAUGCCAGUGGCUUGUCGACGUGUGCCCGCGUCAGAGUGUCGCCCCCCAGUGGAGAGAGAUUCCAAGCUUCUCCCCAUGUGGCUCCAGAGGAGUGUCCCCGUCAUCUACUCUUUCAUCAGACUGUAUAAUGCUGACUCAGCAGCCACGCCCUUUACCCCACACUCCCUUAGUCAGCGGACCCUCCUGCGCUCUGUCCACUCCUGUGCCUUCCCCCCUGGGACUCAGUACCCCCCACGCCUCCCAGCCCAACUUCGCUUUAAGAGAAUUGGAUUUGUCCCGGUGCCAGGUCCUGAAGCCUUAUGCCGCCCUGAUGGACCAAUGGCAACACUCCCUCCCUCAGGUGAGGUGGUCAUGGAAGAGGGCGUGGAUAAGGUGGAUGAGAGUGAGGAGCCACGGGUGCAGGCUGCUGAAGAAAGUAGCGAGGAGGAGGAAGAAGAAGAAGACGAUAAUCGACAUGUUCUCUCAGAAUCGUCACUAAGCUCCGCCCCCAACUCUCCUGUGGAAGAGACAGCAGGGUCAUGUGACCAGGCAACCCCAGACAGGACCAAGAAUCUUUGCGCCAAGAAUGUCACAACUGGGUCCAACGGAGAGAGGCUCAUUCUCUGGACACGUGAGGACGACCGCAUCAUCCUGACUUCCUGUCAGAGGAACGGAGCCACUCAAAAGACCUUCAGGCAAAUCUCUUGUAAGCUCAUCAACAAAUCCGCUCAUCAGGUGAAAGUGCGAUUUCAUGACCUCAUCAAUCUUUUCCACUCCACCCACCGGCAGAAGAAGGCGGAGCCGGACUGACGGUGCCCUGACUGGGGACUGAGCACAACCCAAAGAGACUCGCAAAGGACUGGAAAACUGACAUGCAUGCAUUGCUUGGAUGGAACCACUAUUUUAUAUUAUGGUUUGUUUUUUUUUCAAAUCCUAGUUUUAAUUUAUUUAAGAAAUAAACACGCCAUGACUUGUGUAGUUGACAGAUCGACUCUGGUUGGUAGAUGGAAUUUAUUUUUCUAUUACCUCUACAUCAUUUCUAGUAUUCAAUAUUGUUAGUAUUUGAAGGAAUUGAUUCAUGCGUCCAUCCUCUACUGUCACCGCAUGCUUGUCCGUAUAAAAGCCUCAACAGUCAUUAUGGGGGGAAACUGAAUUCUAAUAAUAAUAAAAAAUACACUACAGCAAUUACUAUUAUGUGGAAAAGUCAGUUACACGUGAUGGUUGUUGCUUAUGAUCAUGGCUAAUGAAGCUGAUUGGAAAAUGAGCUUUUACUGAAGAAAGGCUCUUAUUUAGAACUAGCAUCUAGGAAAGAAAUAAGGCAAUCUAAAACACUAAUCUGAAGAUAACGAAUAUGAUCCUACGCAUUUCAAAUGACGUUUGUAUGUAUGUUUAAAGGGUGUAUGUCUACACUAAUAAAAAGGCUAUUUUGAUUUA